AUGAGAAGGUACCUCGAAUGUGCUUCGUCGAUCUACGAAUCCGUAGCCUUUACGAUCACCGACAUUAGCCUGGCACGAAACCUCUUCGGGGACCGGCAUCGGGGGUCCAUCGGCCACCCGUUCCAGCGCAUCAAUCUAUCGUUUUGGCGACAAGCCGGUGAAGGCAGCAACUUUGAGCAAUGGGUCAAUUUAUGGAGCACCAUCCUACGACUUCUCGAUACCCCGUAUCUGGCGGCCGUGAACCUCUGGCUAGACAGUGAUAUCUACUAUGAGCGGCACUGGCUCUCGGUAACGACUAACGUGCUCCGCCGGAUGCCCGAGGCGCUGACCCACAAGGCCGCAGUCAAUCUGCCGCCGGACGGACACCGAGACCGAGCUGUAGCGACCGCGUGGCUGAGGGGCUUAGAUGAGAUGCCGUGGGCGGAGUCCACAAGGAAAGCUAAAGGUACAUUUGCGGAGCAGGAAGCGGAGGAGGCGAGGUGUUUCGAGGUGAGACGGAUGCGGGCUUGA